AUGGCAACUGACAAAUCGGUGCUUGCGGUUAUCAGAGCCGCGAGACCAACCUUCCGCAACCAAAACGACAAAAUCGCCUUUGUCGUACACUCCUCUUUCCUCGCCUCCGGUUACAUCCUCACCGCCACAGGUCCUCUAGCCCUCUCCGAUACCGCGCUUUCCAACUCCUCUAAUGAUGAGGUAGCUGUUGAUCAUUGGAACGAGCUUAACGAUGAGUAUGCGUUUGUUUACUUGAACGCGGAGAAGGGUGGGAAGAAAGUGCUUGUUAAGUGUAUUGUGAUGAAUGAGAAACUGCUUGUUCAUGCUUUGUCUGAAGGGUUUCCGGAGCCUCUACAUCUUGAGAUCAAUGUUGGGGACUACUCUGGGGAGGAUAGAGGUAGCAAUUUUUCUCAGCAGUUCAAGAAUUUAGACAAGCUGGUGAAGAGAAUAGAUGCAGAUAUUUUAUCAAAAUUAGAUGGUUCUUCAAAUGCAAGCUCCUCGACUAUAAGCUCAGAAACCAUUGACAAAAGAGAAUUAGAGAGAUCUGAACCUGUUCCUGGAUUUGGUGAACCUGCUGGCCCUUACGAUCAUAACCCUGGAUUCAUUAUCCCUCCAGUUGGCAUCGGUUCUGGUAGUGAUCUUUUUCCAGGGCCUGCUGCCGGUGUGUAUCCCUCAAGGGGUGAUCAUGGUUUUGGAGGCAGCAUGCUCGUAGGGCCUAAUGACCCUCGUUGGUUUGGUGGUGGUGUUGGUGGAGGACCUGCUUUUCCUGGCGGAUUGCCGGGCGUUCCUCCCGGUGCUCGAUUUGAUCCUAUUGGACCUCCUGGUCUCCCUGGUUUUGAACCCAACAGAUUUGCAAGAAAUCCUAGAAGGCCAGGAUAUGAUGCUCAUCCAGAUUUGCAACAUUUCAGAAGAGAUACUGAUUCAGAUUACAUAUAG